AUGCAGAACAGAAUAGACCGACUCGAGAGCUUGGUACUGUCCCUGAUGACAAACGGAUCGCAGUCCGCAGGCCCGGCAGCGGCAAUGGCAGCAAUUUCCGGAACCAGCAGUAGUGGGGGCUCCCUCAUUCAGGGUCACGACAUCGAUCUGGACGACGAGACAUCAAAUGCUCCGGAGGAGAGCGAUACGGAGCAAGUUACCAAGUCAUUUGGUAUCAUGAAAGUUGACAACAAUAAAUCAUCAUACUAUAUCAGCGAUGCGCACUGGGCUUCCCUCCUCAACGAUAUCGCCGAAGUUCGUAAUUACUUCCACACGCACAAGAAGCAGUAUGAGGAGCAAGCCGAGAAGCUCAAGACAACCAAGCUGCCGAGCAAUGUCCCGGGCUCCACGCUACUUCUUGGGGCCAUGAAGCCUGCCAGCCGCGCAGAGAUUAUGUCUUCCUUUCCCUCGAGAUAUACAACAGAUAUGCUUAUUGCUCGCUAUUUCAAUAGCUAUGAUCCAGCGACUCAUAUUCUUCACGGUCCGACGUUUCAAGCUCAGUAUAACAAACAUUGGGAAGAUCCUUCUCAAACGUGCAUUGUCUGGGUGGGCAUGCUGUUCGCCAUGAUGCGACUCGCGAUGCUGUCAUAUAACCAGGAAGGGGACGAGCCACCCGAGUUUCGAGGGAAGUCCUUGGACAUGGCUGGCACUUUUCGAAAUCUGGUCGCUCAAUGUCUGACUCUGGCCGAUUAUACCAAACCUUAUCCCUACCUGAUCGAGACAUUCAUCUUCCAUCUUCAUGGUGACUUUCGUCAAACGAAGGAAGCAGAUGUUUCCGUCUGGGUGCUUGUAGGUGUCGUCGCGAGGCUAGCGAUGAGAAUGGGCUACCAUCGGGACUCAAAAGUUUUUCCCAACAUUAGCCCAUUUCAAGGUGAGAUGCGCCGACGCGUAUGGACUUUCGUGCGGCAAUCGGAUUUGCUCUUUUCGUUUCAGGUUGGGCUUCCCAGCAUGAUUCGCACUGUGGAUAGUGACACGGAGCUUCCGCGGAAUCUGUAUGAUGAUGAUUUCGACGAAAAUUGCAAGGAACUUCCUCCCUCACGACCGCCGAAUGAACCGACACCUAUCUCUUACCUCAUCGCCAAAGCCCGUCUGGCGUACGUAUUUGGCCGAGUCACCGAGCUCACCUCGAGCGUGCAAAGUGAAUCUUACGACAAGGUGAUGGAGUUGGAUGCUGAGCUUCGCCGAGCUCGGGACCUGAUUCCGGAGCACCUUGUCAUUCGUCCUUUUGAGGAGUGUCAGUUGGACCCGUCCAAUCUGAUUAUGUCGCGCUUCGGUAUAAUGAGCGUCUACCAUAAAGCGCAGUGUGUCCUCCACCGGCCUUACAUCGUUCUAGCCCGUGGAAAUCCCCGAUUCACCUACUCACGCAAGGCUUGUAUCGAUUCAGCCAUGGAGCUGCUGCAGUUUCAGUCAAUGCUACACGCGGAGUCAAGGCCGACGGGACGUCUGCGCACAAAACAGAAUCGCGUAAAUUCCCUCAGCUCCACUGAUUACUUGCUUGCUGCAACUAUUGUCUGCUUCGACCUGUAUCAUGGACUCAAGCUGCAAGCCGGGGGAAGAGAUUCCGGCGACCCCUUUGCGUGGGGCAGGGAGCGACGACAGGAGAUGAUCAUGGCAUUACAGCGUUCUCGAGAGAUUUGGGAUGAACUUCGUGACGAGUCACUUGAAGCUUGGAAAGCCUCUGGCAUUAUCGGGGUGAUGCUUGCCAAAUUGAAUUUAGGGUUUCCAGACAGUAAUGCCACUGCGCCGGCCUUCGAACCUCAGGACGAGAAGCAAAGCGCCGCAAUGACUUUGGGGUUAUUGAGCAGUGGACUGAGCGCCGCAAACUCAGGAUCCCCAGCAUUCAAUGAAACUGGUUUCAAAUUGUCAGAAACGCCUUCUGCCCCGGGGGCAUUUGGGUCCUCGGCAGAGGUUCCUGGAGCUCUGUCCCCGUUCAGCACAAUGUUUGGACAAUUGCCUGAUAUGCAGCUGAACUUGGAUUGGGAUUCUUGGGACACUUAUAUUCAGACUUCGAAUCUCGACAUACCGAACCAAUGGUGGCCAACGUUCGAUGGACAGCAGCAGCAACCAUCACCACAACCGCCACUUCACCCAUCGUUACAAGGUCAGGGAUCCUUGUCAACCACACAAUUACCGUCCAUGCAGCAAGGCAACACUGCAGAUAAUAUGCGGCCUUUGCCUCGCUUUUCCAAUGUCUUCUCGCCAGACCCGGUGAAGUAUGAGAGUCCGGGCCUUAACGGGCCUUACGACAACAACUCUUCUCAAAAAAGCAACAACGCUUCAGGCGAGGGCACCUUAUGA